AUGGGAGUAUUGAACAUCGUUUUCCGUAUGUAUAGCCUGGAGAAACCGUGGGAAAUACCGCACGAAAAGCAAGAAUCGGCAAGAAAACUGUCCAAAACCAGAAAGGUCGAAGUGUUCCUUCGGUCAGCCUUCGACCAGCCCAGUACGACCGGUUCCUUUCGGUCGGCCUUCGUCCCCCCCAGUGCGGCCAGUUACUUUCGGUUGGCCUUCGUCCAAAGUGCGGCCUUAUGGAAAGAGUCCUAUUUCCGGCUAGCCUUCAUCCCUAGUGCCGCUGUUCGGAGGAGAUAG